CAGAGGCCACUUUCCUAGCUCAGUCACCAGUCUGUGGUUGAGGAAGGGUUUUGCUUUUUUAUGCUCUAUAUGGGGAAGGCAGAUAAAAUGCCAGGGCUGGGCUGCCUCUGGAGAUAACCUCACCUUGUGUGAUGUGAAUGAAUUACUAUCCUGCCUGCUAAAUCACAGGGCUCAAGAAGGCAGGCACAGCUCUUCCAGACAGGCCCUUUGCUAUCUUGUAGCUCUGGCUGUGGCUUCUGUAGCAAUUUUGUUUUUCCCUUGAAAGGUGUUCUGGAUUAUUAGACCUCCAUGUAUGACAAUUUGUACCUGCAUGGCAUUGAAGACUCGGAGACUGAAGAAUAAUGUGAUGUGUUACCCAAGAUGGUGUGAACAAAGCUUCAAGCCAAUGGAGAAGACUAGGCCUAAAUAGCUGACCCGGUGAAGUGAGAAAUAAAGCCACACCUGGAGUGCCACAUCCUCAGCUGUCUUUCUCAGUGCCAAUGCAUUUAUGGCUGGUUCCGCUGAUUCCUACACGAGCAGGCCGUCUGACUCCGAUGUCUCUUUGGAAGAGGACCGGGAAGCUAUUCGGCAGGAGAGAGAGCAGCAGGCGGCUAUCCAGCUUGAGAGAGCAAAGUCCAAGCCUGUAGCAUUUGCUGUGAAGACAAACGUGAGCUACUGUGGUGCCUUGGAUGAAGAUGUGCCUGUUCCAAGCACGGCCAUUUCCUUCGAUGCCAAGGACUUCCUGCACAUUAAAGAGAAAUAUAACAAUGAUUGGUGGAUAGGAAGGCUGGUAAAAGAGGGCUGUGAAAUUGGCUUCAUCCCAAGUCCACUUAGAUUGGAGAAUAUACGGAUUCAGCAGGAACAAAAACGAGGACGUUUUCAUGGAGGGAAAUCCAGUGGAAAUUCUUCUUCAAGUCUUGGAGAAAUGGUAUCAGGGACAUUUCGAGCAACACCCACAACUACAGCAAAACAGAAGCAAAAGGUGACAGAGCACAUUCCUCCUUAUGACGUUGUGCCAUCUAUGCGUCCCGUGGUGUUAGUGGGGCCGUCCCUGAAGGGUUAUGAGGUAACAGACAUGAUGCAGAAAGCCCUCUUUGAUUUCCUGAAGCACAGGUUUGAUGGGAGGAUAUCAAUAACGAGAGUGACAGCUGACAUUUCUCUUGCUAAGAGGUCUGUCCUAAAUAAUCCCAGCAAGAGAGCAAUAAUUGAACGUUCGAACACUCGGUCCAGCUUAGCUGAAGUACAAAGUGAAAUUGAGAGAAUUUUUGAGUUGGCAAGAUCUUUGCAACUGGUUGUCCUUGAUGCAGAUACCAUCAACCACCCAGCACAACUUAUCAAGACUUCCUUAGCACCAAUCAUUGUUCAUGUUAAAGUCUCAUCUCCAAAGGUUUUACAACGGUUGAUUAAAUCUAGAGGAAAGUCCCAAAGCAAACACUUAAAUGUUCAACUGGUGGCAGCUGAUAAACUUGCACAGUGCCCUCCGGAAAUGUUUGAUGUGAUAUUGGAUGAAAAUCAACUUGAAGAUGCAUGUGAACAUCUGGGAGAGUAUCUCGAGGCAUACUGGCGUGCCACACACACAACCAGUAGCACCCCCAUGACCCCACUGCUUGGAAGGAAUUUGGGCUCAACAGCACUCUCUCCAUACCCCACAGCAAUUUCUGGAUUACAGAGUCAGCGAAUGAGGCACAGCAACCACUCUACAGAGAACUCUCCAAUUGAAAGACGAAGUCUAAUGACCUCUGAUGAAAAUUAUCAUAAUGAAAGGGCUCGGAAGAGUAGGAAUCGCUUGUCUUCCAGUUCCCAGCAUAGCCGAGAUCAUUAUCCUCUUGUGGAAGAAGAUUAUCCUGAUUCAUACCAGGACUCUUAUAAACCCCAUAGGAACCGAGGAUCGCCUGGUGGCUAUAGCCAUGAUUCUCGACAUAGGCUUUGAGUCUGGAGAAACAAUGAAAAUUCAUCUGUUGACAAUUGCCAUAGCACUGCUAGGAUAAACCAAUCAUCUUACCUUGGCAAGUAUAGCACAGCAUUUACUGUGCUAAUGGGCUGCUUUGAUGCUAAGUAAGGGGCAAAAAAAAAAUAAAUAAAUAAAGGAUACACUAUGCCCUUCAGACUAGAUGGGUAUUAGAUGCCCAGUCAUAUAGGUAUUUUUAAGUGCAGCAUUUACAUAAUAGUACCUUUUGUUUUCUUCAUUAGAUUUAGAUUACACAUCAAUUUGUAAUUUAGGGUAUUUAUCAAGGCACAUAUAAAAUAAUUUCCCAUGCUGGAAAUUCCAAAUGACCAGUUCCAGUUGGAACCAAUUUAUAAACCAAUUCCUGUUGGAAUUUGGGUGAAUUGACUAGAAAGUCUACUUGAGCAUGUUGCAAUCAAUUUUAAGAAAUCUGAAAAAAAUAUUAAGAAAAAAAUCAAAAUAUUAAUAGGAGCCAAAACCAGCUGUGGUAUUUAUUUGCUGGAAGUUAAAUUUACACUUACAGUUGGAAUGUAUAAUCAUUUUAGUAUAUGUUGACAUUGCCAGACUGGCUUUUCAAAGUUACCAAGUGUGUGUAUUGAUCAUGCCAAAAACAAAAAUCUGAAAUUAAUGUCUCCCCAAAUUUUAAUAUUUGUAUUUCAUUUUUGGCACAGCUGUUGUGAUCAAAGUGUUUAUUUUUGUUUAGUCACUACCGUUAGCUUAUUUUAUGUUGGCAAACAAUAAACAAAUUUUCUUUAGCACUGAGAAAGAAAAAAAAAAUAAGUUCAAACAUAGAUGAUGAUACUAAAUGAAAAAUGGGGUGUUGCUUCCCUUUAAGUAAUCCGAGCACAACUACAUGCAAUCAGGAAUAUGAGGUCAGAUUGUGACAGGCAGAAUGGGUAUAGAACCUCCUGAAUGCAAAGCUAAACAACUCCCAUGAGAAUUCCUAAAGCUCAUCUACCCCAAACACCAAAUCAGUGCUUCCUGCCAGUACAAUUGAGUAUCUUUCCAUUGUUCCAGUCAUCCCUGUCACUGACUAUCUUCUUACCCUUCACUAAAUUCAUUAUGCUAAUGAUUUUUGUUCUACUUGGACAAGCUCAAUUUUGAUAUUGAAAGUUAUACUGAUAUAAAAUAGUUGGAAAAUGAAAAUAAAUAAAUGUAAAAGCUGGCAAUAAAAGUAAACCCAUAGACUGAGAACAUAUUUGCUCAUUAAAAUUAUAACAAUUUCCUUGAGGAGAAUUAUAAAGAAUUUGGGGAUUGAACUGCCUUAAUUCUAGUCAACAUUCCUCUUUACCUACUAAAUCUUCAGUGUAUCCAGAGGUUAUAAAUAUGGUGGAUGACUUUAUGUCUAAGAAAAUCAAAGAAUACUGAGAUUAACAUGAACUAAGAAAGUAUUGAAGUUGAUCCUUUUAUAUGAUAUCCUAAUAUCUUUAGAAAACUCGUUCUAUUUUUUAUUCAAAAGUUCAUAAUUUAUGCAUUCUCCUAAUGCUCCAAUAGAGGCAGACAUAAAAACUCUUUUUGACUGGUAGAGAUCACAGUUUAUUUUCUUAAAUAAAUAAUUCUUUUUCUGUAAUCCCAUUUAAUCCCCAAAUAGUUUACUCUCUCCAGGCAUAGAGCAGUAUAUAAUAUUCUCACCAUGCAAAUAAAUUCCACUCUUUUGAUUAAUUAUAAAUAUCUUGAAUCCCAUUUUGAUCUUCCACAUCCCUUUCCUUGUGUUCAUUGUAUGUAUGUAUCCCAUUAUGAACCCAUUUAUCCUAUGAUGAAGAUGUCUAUAAUUAUAUAAUUCCUCUCAAGUAUUUAAUACAAUUAAAAAUAUGGGCUCAGUAAAUUCUAAAAGUUAACUUGUGAUACUGACUUGUGAGGUUAUUUUGUCAUUUAAUGAAAUUUGUAGAAUUUUUUGUUAAGACAUUUAAAAGCUGUAUCAUUAACAAAUAUGUAACCUGCCAUUAAUGAAUACUUUGUUAAAGCACAGAAGAGCAUUUUCCAGCAAACAGACUAUACUUAUUACAUGUACAGCACAUACUUGCAUGAAAAAGAAAACAUUAGCCAAAACAUUUUUCUAUAUGCUUUACUGGUUUCUUGUUUGUGCGCAUUAAUGUACUUAAUUGCAAAGAGUGCACCGAGGAGGUGUAUAAAUUUAGAUUAGACAGCUAUUCAGCUUUUUCUGUAGUAGCAUUAGCAAUCUGGUCAUUUAACUACUUUAAGAUAUUUACAUUUUAUGGCAGGUAGCUGUAACAGCAUUUACACAUAUAUACUAGUCAGCAAGAUAACCAUCUUCCAGCUUUUAAGUCACUAGUUAUUUUUAAAGACCUCUCAAAGACUUGUUUCUAAGUCUUUCAUGUCAUACCCAUAAAGAGAUCCACAUUUGUAAACAAAAACGAUGUCAUUUACCAUCCAAUGUCCAUAAUCUGUUUUGCUUUGCAUUCAUAUUAGAAACAAUUUUGGAAGGGGUAUAAUGUAUAUUUUUUUGGUGGAUCUAUUUUAAAAUUUUACUCUGGUUUGGCAAAUUCUUUUAAUUUUGUAGUGUUUUAUCUACUCUAGAUGAGUAAUAGUUCUGCAUUUUCCUUUAUUUAGGUCUUAGAGUUACUUGUGGAAGUGAUACUAAAAUACAGAUAUAGUAAAAGGAAAAGUUUCAUUUUUGCCAAACACAUCAAACACCUUUGUCUUCCACACAUUUUUUAAAAGCUGAUUUUAUUUAAAAUUUGCAAAUGAUAAGCAAGAGAAUUAAGAAAUGUUUUUAGGCUGUUUUAACUUGUAGUAUAAACCACACCUUUUGUCAUUUAAGUCAGCAAAUAAACAACUAUGUAGACUCAUGACAAUAUGAAAAUACUAUGGGAAAAAGAAAUGCAAUUUAUUGAUCCUGAUGUUAACUCUCCAGGCUAUAAGACUCCAACAUUACAAUCAACAAUAUUUUCCUGUUUAUUCCCGUAGUUAAAGCAACACUUACACAUGUUUAUAAAUGACUGAUGAUUCUCUUAUCUUUAUACAGUUCGAUUGGAAAGAAAAUUAAAAUUAGCAAUCUGGACUGUCUUACCUAAUAAGAGUCUUAAUUCUGUGACAACAUUGCACUUACGUCCUUAUUGAAAUGGAUUUUUAGAAAUAUAAAACAAAUUCUGAGGACAUUAUUUGUUCCCUUUGGUUUAUUAUGUUAAUUAUUAUUGUUGUUUGAAAAAUGUAUUUUUGGAAUGUUAACCUCUUUUCAUACCUGCAUACUUGAACUUGUCUUUUGUGUGGGGGCCUUAAAAUUCAUAACAGGAAACAAGGGCAAGUGAAAGGGUAGGGGGAGGGGAGAAAUUAUGACAAAAGACGUUCUGCAAAUUUAAAUUCUUUUUGAAUGAACACAUCACAAAAUGUUGUUGAAACCCAGGAUGUCAAUUAAGAAUGUUCCUAGAUAAUCUUGAUCUGCAUGCUAUUUUCUUAGUUACACAGUUUUAUUUUGGUAUUUGCUAAAAAAUAAAUAAAUAAAAUGCUAUUAUAGAUAAUGCCCUAUAUUUUGACCUUUAUACUACCUCUUCUCUAGAGAAGACUACUUGUCUUUAAAGAGAAAAACCUUUUUCAAUAAGUAGUGAUCUAAUAUAUUACUGCUAACCUUGCUACAAAGCGAAAUGCAUCAAUUAUCAUAAUGUAUCUUACCUUUAGCUUUUAAAGUUCCCCAAAUGCUUUUGUCACCCUUUCAUUUUUUUUUUUUUGUUAGUGAACUUUUCUUUGAAUAUCAGGAGGCAAGUUUAAUAAACCAGUCCCAUCAUAGGAAACAAAACAGCUGCAAGGGAAUAGACUUUAUGUGCAUCUUUUUAUAAAUCUACUUCUAAAUCUUAAAAGAAAAGAUUUGAAGUGGUUAAGUUCAGCUAGUUUGAAAAAUCAAAUUUUGUUUAUCCUUGACUUCUGUAGAUCCUUAGCCACUUUUUGGGUAAAUAUAUGCACUACUUUGGAUUCCCCAGGUCAAUGAAACAUCUUUGUAUGAUGUUUCAAAUAAAUGCAAAGAUACUCCUUUUAUAUUACUGCCUUUGUCUUUCAUGACAAUGUCACAGGCUGUUUUCUUAAUGUAUUAAAUUCAUCGUUGAAUGACUGAGUAAAAACAACAAAAAUUGUCUCAUUACUUCCUGAAACCUUUAAAACUAUUGAUACUAUAGCUGUGACUAGAUUACUCAAGUUGAGUCUAGAAAGAAGAAAAUAGUUGUUCUGUUUUAAAUGAUAAUCACGGUCAAACUAUUGUUUGUAAAUAAUGUUACAGUAGUUGUCAGACAGAUAAAGAUAAUUUUUCUGUUGUUGACCUCUGCAGUGAGGUAGUACAAUUGGCUAUACAGAUCUAGGUAGGUAGACAGAAUUAAAACAUUCAAAAAUAGUAAAUUAUUUUUAUUUCAAUGAACAGUCUCAAAUAAAAUGUAUCCUCCUAUGGCAAUUAUUUCUGUCUACUUGUGGAUAACCCAAAUGCUUCAUGUAAUCAAGGAAAUUUAUGACAAAAGUAGAAAAUAUUUCAUCAAAUAAUCUUGACUAGAGGCUGCUCCACCCACUUCCCUUGAAAACCAUAAAAGAGUGAAUAGCAACUUUGGGGACUCCUAGUUACUUAUGGAAUUUCCCUUUGUUUCUUUUGAAAUAUAUAAAUUGCAGAGACAUGGUAAAAAGUGUGACCAAUGAUUAUACAAUGACUUGGGGGAAUACAAUGAUGUUUCCUCUUUGAAAAUUAUGAGAAGUUAAAUAAGAAUGACAGAAGAACCAAAGGUGGCUGGCCUCUAGCUUUUUAAUACUUUGUAAGUGUUCUUGGUUAUGUUUCGAACACUUCAAUUUCUCAACAAAUAGCUAUGUCUGUGUUUAUGUAGGCACCCUGCUUGCCCUACCUGCAUGCCACUUUCACACACUUUUAACUGAAAUAAGUGUGAAUUCUGUAUGCAUAAGGGAUGUAUUAAAGAUGCAGGAUCAUUGAUGCUAUAUUGUUGCAUACUAUUUUUUCAUAUGCCUUACAAUAUUUUCUGGGACAUUAUUAAAAUGAAAGCAUUUUAUUGACAAAAUAAAUCUAUGUUAUUACUUCUAAUCUGCAUUAGCAGUAGGAAAAUAAUGUAGCAAAAUCAUAUAUUGUACAGUACAAAAAUUAUAAAAGAUAUAUAUUUUGCCAAUAAUAUGAAAAUAGAUUGAGAAGAAAGAAGCACAUUUGUUAUAGCACAAACUUACAAGAAGAUCCACUGUUAAAUCUGGCAGUUGUAUUUUGUAAAAGUAUAUAGGUUCUUUUAUUAGUUUCAUUCAAUUUGUUCUACUAUCUUUUUAACUUACUGCUUGAGACUUUUCCAGCAAUUUACUUCAUAGCCUUGCAGUCUAUGGAUAUAAUUUAUUUUAUUCCCUUUCAUACAACCUAUUAUUAUUUUGUAGUAAUAUCACAGUAUAUUUACUAUUUUUAUUUCUUCGCCAAUAAAAUAACAAAAAAGUAAUGGCAAGUGAACUCAUGGAGCUCCUGCGAAUUUUGGAUAUGUUUGAAAUUUUAUAUUUUUCACAGCCAAAAGUCAGAAAGACAAAUAUAUAGGUCCCAACAACUAAAAAGAGAAAUGGAAAAAAAAACUGGAAGAAGUUAUUCUUUAAUUGUUUUGUAUAAAUAAUAAUUUAAAAAAAACCACUAGCUUUAUCUGUUUUUGGUUUUUAUUUUGGAAGGAGGGAAAGAAACAAAACAAACCACAUGAGUUCUAAAAAUAAAUAUGACAAAUUGAUUUAAAAGAUUUUCCCUAACUAUUCUGAGGGCUAUUGACAAUCCCAGAAUACUGCUGCAAUGUUGGGGAGUGAGGGAGGGGGAAUUACUUUUGUCAAAUAAUUUUUUUCCUUUCUUUAAAUUUUAGUUAUUUUCAUAAUUUACCCCCAUUUUUCUUAGAUAGGUAAAUGUGUAACAUUCUACAAGGCAUGCUGGGUAAAAUAUACUAUGCAAAUGUACACAGUGCUGCAUGUUUUGUUCUCCCUCUGCUUAGUGGCUUUAAAGAAAAAUAUGUGUUGUUAUUUUUGUGAACCAAAACAUUUAAAAGAGAAAAUGCAGACUGCAUGCAUAUAGUAUCCUAAUUUCUAUGGAUUUGUUUUAUGAAUUUAAAUGUGUACAAAUCAACUGCAUUACAUUUUUUUCUUUUAUAUAAUAAAUGAAAAAAAAAACAUUGAAACCAG